UCCUCGCCGCGCGCCGCGCUCUCCGACUCCCCUCCUCCCAGAUCGAGGCUGUGCUCUCGCGCGCUCUCUCUCUCUCCCUCCCGCCCGCUCGGCGCUCCUGUCUGUCUCACUUCCACCGAGAGCCAGCCGGGGGUCCCUCAGGGUCGAAGGUUCUGCCCUGCCCGCUCCGACCGCGACCUCUCCAGCCGCCGAGCCCGCGUCCGCACUCUAUGGAUCGGCUUCUGUAGCAGCGCAGAGGGCGACCCCGGCACAUUUCCCGGCCGAAGCAAAGCGUGUGACCUGGUGUGUUGCAGGUCCGUGUGGUUCUGAGCCGAGGUUCUAAAGGAUGCUCGCAGUGCGGCUCGGCCCCGAAUCCUGGUGAACUGCUCAUGUCCAAAAGGUGGAAGGAUGGCUCAUGGAAUCCCGCCCCAGGGCAAAGUGACCAUCAGUGUGGACGAGUAUAGCUCUAACCCCACGCAGGCCUUCACUCACUACAACAUCAACCAGAGCCGCUUCCAGCCGCCCCAUGUCCACAUGGUGGACCCCAUCCCUUACGACACUCCCAAGCCAGCCGGCCACACGCGUUUUGUCUGCGUCUCUGACACACACUCACGGACAGAUGGCAUCCAGAUGCCAUACGGCGACGUGCUGCUACACAUGGGUGACUUCACGGAGCUGGGCCUGCCCUCCGAGGUCAAGAAGUUUAACGACUGGUUAGGUAGUCUACCUUACGAGUUCAAAGUUGUCAUCGCCGGCAACCAUGAGCUCACCUUCGACAAAGACUUCAUGGCUGAGCUGGUCAAGCAGGAUUACUACCGCUUUCCCUCCGUGUCCAAGUUGAAACCAGAGGACUUUGACAAUGUUCAGUCACUCCUUACGAACUGUAUAUAUCUGCAGGACUCUGAUGUGACAGUCAAAGGAUUUCGAAUAUAUGGGACACCUUGGACGCCCUGGUUCAACGGAUGGGGCUUCAACCUGCCCCGAGGCCAGUCUCUGUUGGACAAGUGGAACCAGGUACCGGAAGGCAUCGACAUCCUCAUGACCCACGGGCCUCCGCUUGGUUUUCGAGACUGGGUUCCCAAAGAGCUUCAGCGAGUGGGCUGCGUGGAACUUCUCAACACGGUUCAGAGGAGGGUUCGCCCGAAACUGCAUGCUUUCGGGGGAAUACAUGAAGGGUAUGGCAUCAUGACGGAUGGGUACACAACGUACAUCAACGCCUCCAUCUGCACUGUCAGUUUCCAGCCCACCAACCCACCCAUCAUUUUCGACCUUCCCAACCCCCAGUCCUCCUGAAACCUUGGGAGCAACAGGAAGCCCCUUUGUUUAUUUGUUUUUUCUAACAUUGAGUCAAAUGAAUUCUACUAAACUAAAUGUUUAGGUUUAUGUUUUCCAAAACAUUGUUCUUUUUGUAAACUGCUGGUACACGAAAAGUAUGGAAAACUGCUCAGAAGUUACACUAUUGAAAAUUGGUUCUGUAAGAUAAAGCUUUGUGAAUUUGUAUAAUUUCCAUAUAUAUUUUGUUUGCAUUUGCUGGAUACGUUGAUAUUAAAUGCAAUUGUAAGUUUUUAUGUACUAUUUUGUUUUCUAGGACAAUUAAGCUUUGUUUUGGCAGACGGGGGAUACUGCCUUAAAUGUUAGCUUUACAGUACAUUGGGAGAAUGUCACUGCCUGUAGAAAAAGUAGUCCCUUAUUUAUUUUCUGUGAUCAGUCAGCAAUUGAAAAAGGAUCACAUAAAGUUCAAGUUUAUGGAUGAAAUCCUUGGGGAAAAAAAACUAUUUAAAUCUAGUACAUCAUUCUGUAGAUUUGUUUGAAAAGUGCUACCUAUAUGUUACGCGACCUCUGCACUAAAUUUGUGAUUUUUAUAGCUACUUACUAUGAGAAUUCUGUUUGUGCUUAUGUUUACAUAUGUACUAUAUGUAUGCUUGUGUGCAUACAGGUCUGAGAAUCAUGCAGACGUGUCACCUUUUUCUUUAGCAUGGGUUUCACCAUACGAUGACAUUUGCCUUAUCCUAGCAAGACUGAUCGACGUGUAAGGCAUUUUGCAAGCUAUUUUUUAUACACCUGCCUAAACAGAGUUUAGUUGUCCUUCAAAUCUUAAAUAUUAUUGUAUUUGUGUUUGUCCUUUUUUUCUAAUUUUGCACUGUGUGUAAAUGCAAUCUUGCUAGCACAAAAAAAUGUUGCCAAUAGUUGUCUCAACUUUGCCACUGUAAAUGCCCCUUCUCUAUCUGACUUAGUUUCCUUCUUUAUGGAAGUUUAGCGCUGCUUUUUCUCUUUACGUUCAUUGUGAUAUAUAUUUAGCUGCCUUUAUAUGCAAAUAAAAUUUCAAAAUUUUUACAUAUUAAA